AUGCAACUUGGCGUUGUUUUUCCGCAAACCGAAAUAGGCUCCGACCCCGGGGCCGUGCGCGACUAUGCCCAGGCGGCCGAGGCCCUGGGUUUUGAGCACCUGCUGGUUUUUGACCACGUUCUGGGGGCGGACGCCAGCAAGCGCGAGGAAUGGAGCCGGCCCUACAGCCAUACCGACACGUUCCACGAGCCUUUCGUCCUCUUUGGCUACCUGGCCGGCCUGACCGAAAAGCUGCAGAUGACCACCGGUAUUCUCAUAUUGCCCCAGCGCCAGACCGCCCUGGUGGCAAAGCAGGCGGCGGCGGUCGACGUUCUCACCGGGGGCCGGCUGCGCCUGGGCAUCGGCGUCGGCUGGAACGAUGUUGAAUACGAGGCUUUGGGCGAGAGUUUCCGCAACCGGGGGCGUCGCUGUGAAGAGCAGAUCGAGUUGAUGCGCGCCCUCUGGACCCAGGAGGUCGUCAGCUUCGACGGCCGGUACCACCAG